CGUCAAAAAGAAACAAAGCUCGGGCAAAUCGGUAAUCGCAAAUUAUCGUAAUAAUGGAUUAGUACAUUUCUCGCGAUAGUUAUGUUAGUUAGCAUACGUAAUUUGGUACUUGAUAAGAUUGUCACAGAACAUGGUCGGGUGUUCGCUAUCUAAUCACGUUGCACGACUAUAGAAUUCAGUAAUGGACAGGCCAGUAUUGUCAACACUGCUUCAUUGUAAUUAUUUACAUACGUGUUAUGAAUUAAUGGCCAUUAUUAAAUGGCAGUGUUAAGGGGGCCAAAUAUCGAUGAUAGUAUACAAAACUAUAUAGCGACUAUUGGAUUUUUCUGCGUAAUCUCCUGCACCGUACUAAUGCUCCGGUUUCUAGGAUUCAAGGCGUCUUUAGACAUCUUGAACACGAACAAAACUAGCUCGGAACACGACAAUGUCCCAACAAUAUCUGUCAAUGGCGCUUAUAGGGUUAACAGAGGAGAAUUCUUUGAUAGCGGAAGUUUACAAGAUCCACCAAGGAAAGUAUUGCCUGCGGUGAAACCCCCAUCUGCUUCAAAACCUGCCUCAACAGAACGACAAUCAAAAAGCACCAGUGAUUUGAGGCAAGUUCAGAAUCCACCUUCGAACCUACAUAAAAGUACACCUGAUAUUUCUCAAGACCCACGUGGAACCGAAGGUAACAAAGAGUCCGCUGAUCCAAGAAAAUUGAAUAAAAAAGAUGCACAAAAACAGCAAAAUGAACAAUUGAAAUUGAACAAGAAACGUUUAGAAGAACAGAAAAAACGCGAUAAAUUAGCAGCACAGGAGCAAGCUAAACAGGAGAAACUUAGAAAAGAGAGAGAGAAAGUCCAAGCACAACAACGCGCAAAAGAGGCGAAGAAAAUCGAAAAACAGAAUCAAGCUAAAGGUAAAAAUAAAGACAAAGGAAAGGUUGAUACACCGAAGCCUUUAGCUCAGGGCUCACAAGCACAGGGUCCACGCGCCCAGCCACUGGCACAGGGUCCACGCGCCCCGCCACAGGCACAGGGUCCACGCGCUCCACCCCAGGCACAAGACCUUUCCCAUGCUCCAAGGCCACAAUAUUCAACGAACACCCUAGAAAGCUCUAUUAGCAAGACAAGCGGCCCCCCACCGUACAGUGCACAAGAUAGAACUGCUAAAGCCGAACCUGCAGUGGUACGCAACGAGAGUGAUAACACAGGCAAUACGAGUUUCGCUAAGCGUGAAGAUGCGGGUGGGAGCAGCUGGGAUAUGAUAGCCCAGCAUAGAGAACAGAUAAAUAGAAAGAACUUUGCAUCUGCAGACCGGCCGAAGCAAAUGGUACUAGACCUACAGUUCAAUGCGGAUGGCCCCUCAGGUUCUUCGACUGACGACAAAGGCAACAGUGACGUAUAAGCAACGAUAACAAUUAAGAAUUGAUGAAAAUGGUUCUAGUGCUUUAUUUAUGAGUGAAUAUUAUUUAUAAGUUAUGUG